AUGACCGACACUACCCCCGAGUCUUCAUCAAAUCCCAAUGGCAAACGCAAGCUCUAUGUCGCAUGCAAAGCUUGCCGCUUUCGAAAGGUCAAGUGCGAUCGUGAAUUCCGUCUCGAGCAAGGGUUCUCGGCAUGCACCAACUGCGAGAACGUGUCGAUGGAAUGCAUUCUCAAUGUGAGUCCACCCAAGAAACGUAUGGGCAAACGCAUGAAGUUGCUGCGAGAGCAGAACGAGCAAAAGCACGACGCUUUUGAUCCUGCAUCCAUCGAAUCUUCGUCAUCGUCCUCGUCAUCUUCAGGCCCGAAACGUGCUACCGAUAUACCCAAUUUCACCGGCGAUGCUUCCCGCGUACCAUACCCACACACCGCACCUUUUACCAACUCGCUCGGCAGCUCGCUCGGUAUGUCACCCGGCUUCUCUAGCCUGCUUCAAGCAGUAUCGCAGGAACAGACAGCUUCUUCAAGAGAAACUUCUUCAUCCUUUGCUACCACAUAUGACGCUGCCGCCGGACCAUCAAAUGGUAUCGGGAUGGCUCCAUACGUCGAGGCCGUACAACCUCACAGCUCCAUCAUCCAAAAUGGCAUGUUUGCAACUUUGGGAUCUAACUUUGCAGAUGCAUUUCCCUUCUCAAACGGCAACACAUCCGCCACAAACCAGCGUCGUACCAGUCAUCAGAUAGCAGGCGCCACUGUCCAUUCCAUCGAAUCCGAAUCGCCCCAAACUUCGGGAAUCACGCCUAAAUCAAAUGCAGCUGCCUCUGAUCAAUCUUCGCCUGAUGUCAUCGCGUCUAACGCCGCCUUUCUUAGCAGCGUCGUUACCGAAGGAAGCUCUGCUCGAGCACAUGCACUAAGACGGCGUAAUCCGUUCGACAAGCCAUCUCCAAGCGAUGGCGCAAGUCAGGUCGGCUUUGUUGGCGGCCUUCUCGGCAUCGCCUCACUGGACAAACACAUGCUCGACGUGUGCGUCAAGUCUUACUUUGAGAGCCUGGGCCAGUGCAUUGGGUUCAUUCGUCCAGAAUGGUUCUGGCCGAGAUACAACGCCUUCUUCUCGCGAUACAGUGGCUUCUUUGUCGAUGUUGCAACAAAUCCAGACGACCGACCGCUUUCCGAGCUGCUGUUGAUCGCCGUUGCCUGUCGUGGCGCCGGUGCAAGCCAGUUUGCUAAUCGCUUCGAGCUGCAGAAGGAUCUUGCCCAACAUUACUCUAGACUCAUCAAGGACCGCGAGCGUCUGGUGCGCGACGGCUUUGAUGCCUUGGAAUCUGUGAUCCUCAUGGUUGAGCACGCAGAUGGGACGCCCAAACCGUUGUCAGACGCCAUGUCGAUCCAAGGCGUGUUCGACAUUGAGGUCUUGUCACAUGAAGGCCUGAUACGACUUAUGAAGAAGCUCGAGCUGCAGCUUGAAAAGCCAUUUGGAGUUCGACUCGAGGGACGCGAUUUGAUACGACAGAGGAUUUUAUUUUGGACCAUCUACGUCUACGAUGCAAUUCGGUCUGAAGCCGGACGUACGGUACCACUCAUCCUUGACGACGACAUCAGCUUGGUGCGUUCAUUUCCGGCUAAUGUCGGCGAUCCCAUGCGUAUCGCAUUUCGCGAUUACUUUGUCGACUUGGCCAAAAUCUGCCGCAAAGUUUCGUAUAAAAUUCAAAGUCCACGCGCACAAGGGUUUGGGAUCGAACCUGGCCAUGUCAUCGAGGUCCUGGACGAUCUGAAAGCUUGGCACGACAGACUCAGUCCCCUGUUCGCUUGGGAUUGGAACGACAUGCUGCACAUCACGGGACCUUCCGAUCCCGAAGACCAGACCCGACGCACCUUUCUCAUGUUCCUCUUCCUCGGCCAGUGGAUCACGUUGGACUACGCAGUCGAGGAGAUCAAAUAUUCAGAUACUUGCGAUCCCGUGCUCAAAGAAGAGGCAAAUCGACGGCUUGAGCGCGAAGUAGACGCGACACUAGAUCGACAGGUGCUCAUUUGCGAUCAUGGAACGCUGUUUGGCCUCAUCCGUCUGCAUCCUGGCAUGAUGCAGUCUUGGACCAUCACGUGGGCCAUGUGGUGCAUCAAGCGGAUGCAUGCCAUCAUCGCGAUAGAAGGCGAGGGAAGAUUGGCGAGUGCAAAAGCGGACCAGGAAUUCCAGCGAUACCAAUCGUCAGUGCUAUGCUUUAUCAAUGCUACCGCCAGCUGCGACACUGUACAGCACACAGCCACCACCGUGCAGGACCUCAUGAAUGCGCUUAGGAGGGUCACUGAUGCGAGAAAGUCGGUGAGGCUAAGAUUCGAUAGCGUUUGA